AUGAGCUCUCUUUAGUUCUUAAAUACUAAGGCUGAUGUCCUAAGAAGAUCACAAGCCCUCGCUGUCAACAUCCAAGCUGCUAAGGGUCUCCAAGAAGUCCUCAAGACUAACCUCGGCCCCAAGGGAACCAUGAAAAUGCUCGUCGGAGGAGCGGGACAAGUUAAGAUUACUAAGGACGGUCAGGUUUUGCUUCACGAAAUGCAAAUCCAACAUCCAACUGCUGCUAUGAUUGGAAGAGCUGCCACUGCUCAAGAUGAUAUUGUCGGUGACGGUACUACCUCAAAUGUUCUUUUCAUUGGAGAACUCAUGAGAAUCGCUGAAAGAUAUCUUGGAGAAGGUGUUCACCCAAGAAUUCUCGUAGACGGUAUUGAACUCGCCAAGAGAGAAACUCUCGCUUUCCUCGAGAGAACCAAAAUUCCUCAACCAGAGAUCACCAAAGAAUUAUUAAUGGAGGUCGCCAAGGCUUCAUUGAUGACUAAAGUUCACCCAUCAAUUGCCAACCCACUCACCGAAAUCGUCGUUGAUGCAGUCAACGCUAUAAAGAAGGACGACAGAAUUGACUUACACAUGAUUGAAAUCAUGCAUAUGCAACAUAAGAUGUCCACUGAGUCUAAGCUCAUUAAGGGACUCGUUCUCGACCACGGUGGAAGACACGAGAACAUGCCAUCUAGACUAGAGAACUGCUUCAUUAUGUGCCUCAACGUCUCACUCGAAUACGAGAAGACUGAAGUCCACUCUGGAUUCUUCUGGUCUAAUGCUGAAUAAAGAGAGAAAUUGAUUGCCAGCGAGAGAGCAUUCACUGAUGAUAAAGUAUUGAAGAUCGUCGAACUUAAAAAGAAGCUUUGCGACGGAACUAACAAAAACUUCGUUGUCAUCAACCAAAAGGGUAUUGACCCACCCUCUCUCGAAAUUCUCGCUAGAGAAGGAAUCAUUGGAAUCAGAAGAGCCAAGAGAAGAAAUCAAGAGAGAAUCCCACUCGCUUGCGGAGGUAAGUGCCUCAACUCAGUUGAAGACAUGACUCCAGAAGACCUCGGUUUCGCCAAGCUCGUCUAUGAGGUUUCCCUCGGAGACGACAAGUACACCUUCAUCGAGGGUGUUGAGAACCCAUUCUCAUGCACCAUCCUAAUCAAGGGACCCAACGACUACUCUAUUUCUCAAACCAAGGACGCCAUUAGAGACGGUCUCAGAGCAGUUCAAAACACCAUCAAUGACAAGGCAGUUAUUGCUGGUGCUGGUGCCUUCGAAGUUUCAGCCCACAGAAACCUUGUCAACUACAUGAGAGACUCAGUCAGUGGCAAAGUCAAGCUCGGUAUCCAAUGUUUUGCUGACGCCCUCCUCGUAGUCCCAAGAACUCUCGCUGAGAAUUCAGGUUUCGAUCAACAAGAGACCCUCUUGAAGGUUAUGGAGGCUCAUGAGAAAACUGGAGAGCAAUACGGAGUAGAUGUCAUUACUGGAGAGCCCCAGCCAAUCACUGUUUCCCACGUCUAUGAUAACUAUAUUGUUAAACGUCAGUUCCUGAAUAUUGCUCCAGUCCUUGCUGAGCAACUACUUUUAGUUGAUGAGGUUAUGAGAGCCGGUAGAAAUAUGAGACCUGGUGGAGAAGAGGAAUGA